AUGAUAGAAAUAACUUUUGCUGGACACCAGAUAUUAAUUUUAUUUUUUUGUUGAAAUAUUGAUCAAAUUUGUUCGCCUAUAAAUUGGAAAUUAUAUACAUUCAGAGGUAGAUUUAAGAGGGAAUCCCCCUAUUUGUGUGGUACAAGAGCAUUGAUAGUCAUUAUGCCUAAUUCACAAAAGAUAUUUUCGAAGCGGAUAAAAAAUUUGUCCAAGUAAACAUUUGCUUUCAAAAGCAAGUUGGGUCAUUUUGCAACGAAUAAAAAUAAUAUUGGACUCGAUUUGAAAUUUGGUUCAAACUAAUAUGCAUCGUACAUCGUACAUGCAAGAUAUCGCAAGGAAAGCUAGAUUUACACUCGAGUGUGAAUACAAUAGGAAGAAGGAUAAAUUUCCCAAAUAUCUCCUAAUUUUCUUCGAAUCUUCAUCAUGCCUAUUUUUUCACAAAGAAAUUCAUACUUUAGAGUAGAGUUUACAGUUUGAUCCAAUCAAAGCUGAUAUACAUAUAAUAUCGAAAAUUUGUCAGAUGGUAUAUAUAUAAUCUCCCGUGGAACGAAGAUUAUUCUGUGAAGAUUAUUUUAUGUUAGCGGAGUUGCAUCAGGCAGAUCAAGGGAAGAAAAUUAUAACCUUAUACAAGUUAUAAGUAGUUUCAACGCGUGAAUAAUAUUUUUAUAAGUUGUGAUUAAAAUUGGAAAUAAUGCGUUUGGCGACAGCGAUGAAUUUUAAGCUUUUACCCGUUUUUCGGCAUCGUAUGAUGAACGUUCGAUCCUUCUCCAGAAAUCACCGUUUAGAUCAUGAAGAAUUAUCAAUAUACUUGCGCCCGCAAUAUAGAAGAAUAAAAAUUACCGAAUGUCAUGGAAUGUUUAGUAGAAAUAUUCAUAGUCGUCGACAAAAUGCAGCCGUUAUACCAGUCAGGUUAUUUGCAACUAAAAAAUCUGACAGGGAUUCGCCUAAUGAAAACAGUGAAGAUUACUUGAGUGAUCCACCUGCAUUACCAGCUACCGUUGUUGUUCCAGAAGAGUGGCCUCAUGUACCUGUCAUAGCAAUUAAUAGAAAUCCAGUAUUUCCACGAUUUAUAAAACUUGUUGAACUUACUAAUCCAAUACUUAUGGACUUAAUUCGUAGAAAAGUCAAAUUAAAUCAACCUUAUGUUGGAAUCUUUUUAAAGAAAACAGAAGAAAAUGAAGCAGAAGUUGUACAAAAUUUAGAUGAAGUUUAUUCAGUUGGAACAUUUGCACAAAUUCAUGAAGUCCAAGAUUUAGGCAAUCGAUUAAGAUUAGUUGUUAUGGCACAUAGAAGAAUUAAAAUUGUUGGUCAGAUUUUAGAAGAUCUCCAAAAAUCUGCUCCUGAUGAUCCAGUUACAAGUGGUAAACCAAAUCGUAGAUCCUUUAUACGUAAAAAGAUGGAACCUAAAAUAGCAGAACCAGAUAAAGUACAAAAAGUUGAAGAAAUUAAUAUUUCAGAAAAUAAAGAUGUUGAAACAGUUGUUGAAAAAAAUGAAGAAAAAGUUGGUGCUACUGAAUCUGCACCUCAAGCUAAUCCUAAUUCACCUCAAGCUAAUCCUAAUUCACCUCAGCCUUUAUUGAUGGUAGAAGUUGUAAAUAUUACUCAUGAAAAAUUCCGGCAAACUGAAGAAAUUAAGGCUUUAACUCAAGAGUUAAUUAAAACAAUCAGAGACAUAAUAAGUAUGAAUCCAUUAUACCGUGAGUCCUUGCAACAAAUGUUACACCAAGGUCAAAGAGUUGUGGAUAAUCCAGUUUACUUGAGCGAUUUAGGUGCAGCUUUGACAGGAGCAGAUGCACAGGAAUUACAACAAGUAUUGGAAGAAAUGGAUAUAUUAAAAAGGCUAAGAUUAUCACUUGCACUUCUAAAAAAAGAAUAUGAACUAAGUAAACUUCAACAAAAGAUUGGUAGAGAAGUCGAGGAAAAAGUUAAACAACAACAUAAAAAGUAUAUUCUUCAUGAACAAUUGAAAGUUAUUAAAAAAGAAUUGGGACUAGAAAAAGACGACAAAGAUGCAAUAGCUGAAAAGUAUAGAGAACGAAUAAGAGAGAAAACUGUUCCAAAAGCAGUAAUGGAUGUACUUGAGGAAGAAUUAAAUAAAUUAAAUUUCUUAGAAAGUCAUAGUAGCGAAUUUAAUGUGACAAGAAAUUAUUUAGAUUGGCUAACCUCCAUGCCUUGGGGUGUAACCAGUUCUGAAAAUUUGAAUCUUCAACAAGCAAUUGAAAUUUUGGAUAAAGAUCAUUAUGGAAUGGAAGAUAUAAAAAAACGAAUUUUAGAAUUUAUUGCUGUUAGUCAACUGAAAGGAUCAACGCAAGGAAAAAUAUUAUGUUUCCAUGGUCCACCGGGUGUUGGGAAAACGUCAAUAGCUAAAUCAAUUUCUCGUGCCCUUAAUAGAGAGUAUUUCAGAUUUAGCGUUGGUGGUAUGACAGAUGUAGCAGAAAUCAAAGGUCAUAGAAGAACUUAUGUGGGUGCUAUGCCUGGAAAAGUUAUUCAAUGUUUAAAAAAAACCAAGACUGAAAAUCCAUUGAUUCUAAUUGAUGAAGUCGAUAAAAUUGGAAAAGGUCAUCAAGGAGAUCCAGCCUCUGCUCUUCUUGAAAUGUUAGACCCAGAACAAAAUGCAAAUUUCCUAGAUCAUUAUUUGGAUGUAACGGUCGAUUUGUCCAAAAUUCUUUUUAUUUGUACGGCAAACGUAAUUGAUACUAUUCCGGAACCUUUGAGAGAUCGUAUGGAAAUGAUAGAUAUGUCAGGUUAUGUAGCAGAAGAAAAACUUGCAAUCGCUAAGCAAUACUUAGUACCGCAAGCUAUGAAUGAAUCGGGUCUUACUAAUGGCCAAAUUAAUAUAAAUGAUAGCGCGCUUCAUUUAUUAAUUAAGUCUUAUUGCCGAGAAUCAGGAGUACGAAGUCUUCAGAAACAUAUAGAAAAAGUUCAUCGAAAAGUAGCAUUCAAAGUAGUUAAGAAAGAAUCGGAAAAAGUUGAUGUAACCGCAGAAAAUUUGCACGAAUUCGUAGGGAAACCUGUAUUUACACAUGAUAGAAUGUAUGAAAUUACACCACCGGGCGUAGUUAUGGGUCUUGCAUGGACUGCCAUGGGUGGUUCUACUUUAUUUAUUGAAACAACAAUUAGGAAACCAUUGAUACCAGGAAAGGCAGAUGGUACUUUUGAAGUUACUGGUCAUCUAGGUGAUGUAAUGAAAGAAUCUAUUCAAAUAGCGUUGACGGUUGCAAGGAAUUUUUUGAAACGGGAAGACCCAUCUAAUACUUUCUUGUACGAUUCUCAUUUGCACUUGCACGUUCCUGAAGGCGCCACACCAAAAGAUGGCCCAAGUGCAGGUAUUACUAUCGCGAUAGCAUUGAUUUCACUAGCUAAAAAUAAAGCUAUUAGACAGAAUGUCGCAAUGACAGGAGAACUUAGUCUCAUGGGUAGAGUUCUUCCUGUUGGUGGUAUUAAGGAAAAAAUAAUUGCCGCGAAACGAGUCGGCGUAAACUGUGUAAUUUUACCCGAGGAAAAUAAGAAGGAUUUUAACGACUUACCCAAGUACAUAACGGAUGGUCUUGAAGUUCACUUUGCUUCACAUUUUGAAGACGUAUAUCGUAUAUGUUUUGAAACAGAGCAACCGCAAACUGCUAAUAAUGUUCAAUACCAGAAAUUAGAUGUUAAUGUUACAACUCCACAAAGUGCACCACUUUUGAGUAAAAAGACUGAAUUGUUUAAAAACUAAGUACUUGCAUAUUUUAAAAACUAAUUAGCGUACAGGUUUACGUACCUACAGUCCAUUUGAAACAUUUGGAUGUAUAAAACGAUUAAACAGAAUUCAUUUUGGCAAAUACUUUUUUUUAUAUGUAUGUCAUUUAGAUAUAUAAAGAAUUUUGAAAAGGUUUCCUGACUUGAAAAUUGUAGGU